GAUGUGUGAGUCAGUGUCCGACGCACCAUUGUACGAUCCAUCGAGCGGCGUCGAUCUCUGGAUCGUUGGUAAAGGGGCCCAAGUGCAAUUGUCGUCGACAGUGAUUGUCGCGUGUUCGUUAUGGUGUGGCACGAGGUACUCCAGCUGCUGGUGCUGCAGGGAUUCCUGGCCGUCCUUGUCGCUGGAAAAUCCAUUCCGCGAGUGUCCAAAAAGGAGUUCCAGACACGCGGUCCCGUGGAAGAAAAUGAUCUAAACGGGAAGACAGCCCCAUUCAGUUUAGAGGAAACCUAUGACGCGAGUUUCCGGGCGAUCGGCUUCAACGGCACCUGGAUAACGGACACGGAGAUCCUUUAUAUCGAUGGUUAUACUGGUGACAUUCGUCUAUUCAAUGUGACGUCAAAGACCAGCAGACUCUUCUUGGACUCGUCAGUCCUGAGCCCCUACGACAAGCCUACGCUUAGUCUUUCCUACGACAAUUCUCACCUCUUGAUUGGAUAUGAUUUCAUGUCUGUGUUCAGACAUUCAGCCUUCGUGAAGUUCGUCGUUUACAGUAUUAAACAAAAAUCUUACACGGAAUUGGCGAAAGGCAAAUAUUUGGCGUUGGCGAAAUGGUCGCCCACGGAGAACGCUGUGGUUUACGUUUUGGACAAUGACAUUUAUUACGAGAAGAUCUCCGAUAGACGCAAUGAUCCUGUACGGUUGACGAACACAGGUGUCCCAGGUAUCGUUUACAAUGGCGUUCCUGAUUGGGUCUACGAAGAGGAGGUCCUCGCCUCCGCUGUCGCACUCUGGUUCUCUCCCGAUGGAGAUUAUCUCGCAUUCGCGACCUACAAUGACAGCGCAGUGAAAGACUUCACGAUCCCGCAUUAUGGGAAGCCAGGCAGCAUGGAGGAUCAAUACCCUAAGGAGGUGAAGAUCAAGUAUCCCAAGGCGGGCAGCUCAAAUCCAUCAGUGUCUCUAAGCAUGGUCAAUUUGAGUAAUCCGUCUGCCGGAUUGAUCAAACUCGAGGCACCAGUUGACAUCAUUGGCGAGGACUACAUUCUCUACACCGUCACCUGGGCGAUGAAUUUCGUGGCAGCUACCUGGACGAACCGCGUACAGAACAAAUCUCAGGUUGUCUACUACAGCGUCUCAGGGUUGCUCUCCGACGACGCAAAGAAGAUGACGAUCCCCAAGCACAUGUACCAAGAAGAACACUCUGGCUGGCUACGUAUCUACCCUGCAGUGUUCACCAAUCGCUAUGCCAUCGUCCUACAGUUACAGGACUCUGGAACGAACGCUGGACGAUUCAUCCACGCGAUGAAAUUCGACUCCGACGAGAGCGGAAAGUUCCUCAGGAAGAGGGACCUGACUCCAGGCGCGGCAGAAGUCACGUCUAUCGUUGCUGUGACUGAGGACAAGAAUGUUUUAUACUAUUUGGGGACUGGAGUUGACAAACCGACGCAGAGGAACCUGUAUUCGGUUCCCUUGGAUGGCAGUGAGGCACCUUCUUGCCUGUCCUGCGAUGUCAAAACACCUGAGGGCAACAAUUGCACCUAUGUCUUCCCCUUCUUUUCUGCGGAGAAUUCGUAUUACGCAUUGAGUUGCAUGGGGCCAGAUCCAACGGUUGUGAUGAUCCUCGACACUAACCACAAGGUGCUGUACUCGUGGGAGGAGAAUCGAUCUCUGAGAAGGAGAUUGGCCGAUCGUAAGCAGCCACGCAUCCAGAAUCUCAAUGUGAGGGCGAACGGGUACAACAGCAACGUUAGAUUGUAUUUGCCACCCGAUUUUGACGAAAGGAAAUCGUACCCUCUGCUGAUCAACGUGUACUCUGGUCCCAACACCGUCAGGAUCACCGAGGCGAACUCGCACGGUUUCGAGUCCUACAUGACGACCAACAGGAGCGUCAUUUAUGGUCACAUCGACGGUCGUGGGUCCGCCUUCAAGGGCAGCAAGAUGCUGUUCGAGAUCUACCGACGCAUGGGAACCGUAGAAAUCGAAGACCAAAUCGCCGUCACUCGGUCAUUGCAAGAGAAAUAUUCCUGGAUCGAUCGAAAUAGAACCGCAAUAUGGGGCUGGAGCUACGGCGGUUUUGCCACGGCCAUGACGUUAGCCACUGACGUGGAUUCCGUUUUCAAGUGUGGCAUAUCCGUUGCACCUGUGACAUCCUGGAUUUAUUAUGACUCCAUCUACACCGAGCGAUUCAUGGGUCUGCCAACCCCAGAGGACAACCUCGCGGGCUACAAUGGCACAGACGUUACCAGAAAGGUUGAUGGUAUCCGUGGCAAGAAGUUCAUGCUGAUACACGGUACCGAGGACGACAACGUGCACUACCAGCAGUCCAUGGCCUUGAACAAAGCCCUGGUGCACGAAGACAUAAUGUUCCAGCUCCAGAGUUACACGGACGAGGCUCACGGGCUAACCGGGGUAUCUCCUCACCUUUACCACACCAUGGACCGAUUUUGGAGCAAUUGCUUCGGCGACUCGCGUGCUCACUGACCCGAAUCCCUUCCGGAUCACCAACCAGGAAAACGUCGGUUUGGUCGAUUGUCUUCCUGAAACCACCGAUGUGACUCCGUGGGCGUCGCUCGAUCGGCGACCAGCUAAUCCGUGAAUCAGCUACUAGUUUCGUUCCUUGUCGUUCGAACGACCACCUUAAAUCAUUCGGUGGCACCGGCGGGAUCGAUUUUAACACCGUCGAUAUGUAGAACAAAGACGGAGGUCGUCGAUCCUGCCUUUCCGUUGUUCCUAGUCGAUUCUUCGACGAAAACGUGGGGGCAAUUGAGGUUUGCUCUUCGGAAACGGUACUAGGUUCGUUGGAAUAUAAACGAGAUAUUUUUAUACAAUUUUUUGGAGAGUAUAAGUAAGGGUACUUGGAAAACUUGAUUAUUUUUAGAGGUAGGAAAGAAUGAUAAAAUUUUAAUAAUUGCUUCAUGUAUGACUUUUUUGGGGUAGCGAAACAUGAUGAUCUUCAUCGACUAUGCAUUUUAGUUAUCGGCAUUUCAGUUAUCGAACUGUUGGUUCUCUUCAGGGUAUGAUUUUAAAAAUAAUAUUCUACAUCAAUAUCAAAAGUGAUCAAUUUAGAGUGACAUUAGGAAAAGCAGUGACAGGAAAGACAGGAAACGUAAGCUUCUAUAUGGAAACUCUUUGCUGGCUUGUCAAAAUAUUUGUCCACUUAAUUUACAAAAUUAAAGUCUCGUUUAUAUCGUAGCCUUACUGGUAUUCGGGCUGAAGAAAUGAGAUUUGUUGGAAGGAAGAGUUUAAAUGCAAAUGAACAUCGGAUAGAUCGUUGUAUACCUUUGAAGAUCGAUUGUUUUUCGAACGCGUGAUCGAUUGUACAUGUUCAUCGUUGAUGUACGGAACAACGUACAUUUUUUAAAAGCGGUGACAUUCCAAGGGAAUCGAUAUUCGAGGGUGUUCGACGGAUUCAGCGACAGUCAAGUUGGUGGAAGAUGGAUUGCACCGAAGAUGGAAGUAAGAGGUGCUUUCAUGGUGAUCUUUAGACUGUUUUUCUGAAUUUUUUCCAAAUAAAAUUGGAAGUUCAGUGACCAAAUUGGAACAUUCGUUAGAAUAUUCAAAGAAGGACGUGUACUCUGCCAAACAGAUAUAAAAUUAGAACUUUUAAGUUUUGAAUAGUACAUAAGAUCAUAAUUAAAAGAGAAUUAUUCAAUUCUGUAUGAAGAUUUCUACUGCUAACAAAAUUCCCUCUCUGGAACAGAUGGUUCUCUAACAUAAAACGUAGUUUAUAUAUACAUUUAUAAUAUUCAAAUAAAUCAAUUUUAAUUCGUAGUUAAACAGAAAAUAAGUACAACAAUUAUACAUUACCAUUAUACACUUUAUUAUUUUAUAUAUUCUAUACAUAUUGAAUUAUUAUAUUUAUGUAGUUUUCUCAUAAAAUUACAUUGACUUAUUUAAAAACUAUAAUGUAUAUGUAUAAUUGCCUGGAAAAAUUGUAAAGUUUUGUAUGAAACAUGUAAAGAGUAUGAAGUUUCCAAAUAAAAUGACCACCACAAUCUAUUUUAUGAAA